AUGCGUGAGCGAGGCUUGGACGAGGCUUCUGAUGAAGAGGAUGAGGCCUCUGAUGAAGACGACGAGGCUUCUGAUGAAGAGAAUGAAGCAGACUCUGGCUACGGCAGUCUCUCAGAGGAGGACGUCAGUGAAGAGGAAGACGAGGACACGGAGGGUGAAGAGGAAGACGAGGACACAGAGGGUGAAGAGGAAGACGAGGACACGGAGGGUGAAGAGGAAGACGAGGACACGGAGGGUGAAGAGGAAGACGAGGACACGGAGGGUGAAGAGGAAGCCGAGGACACGGAGGGUGAAGAGGAAGACGAGGACACGGAGGGUGAAGAGGAAGACGAGGACACAGAGGGUGAAGAGGAAGACGAGGACACGGAGGGUGAAGAGGAAGACGAGGACACGGAGGGUGAAGAGGAAGACGAGGACACGGAGGGUGAAGAGGAAGACGAGGACACGGAGGGUGAAGAGGAAGAAGAGGACCCGGAGAGUGAAGAGGAAGACCAGGGUAUUCCUUCACCCCCCCGUGGGACCCCCCUGCGGACGUGGAGGAUCCUGUGGAGGGUCCUCAGCCGCGACCAGCGAGCAGCAAGCCCUCCUCCAGCGCCCUGUCCCGUCUUUGAAGAGGAGCGUCGUCCAGGGGGGUCCAGACGCCACAGGGAUGAAGAUGAAGAGGAAGAGCCCAUCUCCAAGAGGCCACGCUUCUCCAACUCUGAGGACAUCGAGGAGGAGCCCACCCCCUCCACCUCUGCUGGGACGUCCGGGGGAUUCGUCCACUACUUCCAGCAGCUCCCCCGGCUCCAAGACUCUGAUUCUGACUGA